AUGGCUUCUCGAUCAACAGCCAAAGGCAUACACCGGACUGUACAAGUGGCUUUUGAUGAUUCUGCCAAUCAAAUCAAGUCUCCGGGCUUCGGUUAUACCAGCAAAGUUCGCAUAAGAGAAAAAUACCAUAUCGUUGGUUUUAUUAGUAGCGGUACCUAUGGGCGAGUUUAUAAGGCAGUGGGGAAAAAUGGGCAAAAAGGUGAAUUUGCUAUCAAAAAGUUCAAACCUGAUAAGGAAGGAGAAACGAUUCAGUACACGGGACUUUCACAGUCUGCAGUUCGAGAAAUCGCUCUGUGCACUGAGCUAAACCACCCUAAUGUCGUGAGACUUGUCGAGAUUAUCCUUGAGGACCGGUGCAUUUUCAUGGUAUUUGAGUAUACCGAGCAUGAUCUACUGCAAAUAAUACACCACCAUACACAACCCCAGCGGCAUGCCAUUCCCGCGCCGAUGGUGAAGUCUAUCCUUUUCCAAUUGCUCAAUGGACUUCUUUAUCUUCAUUCAAACUGGGUUCUUCAUCGUGAUCUCAAACCAGCUAACAUACUGGUUACAUCUGGUGGUGCAGUAAGGAUCGGUGAUCUUGGACUUGCCCGGUUAUUCUAUAAACCGCUUAACUCACUAUUUUCCGGUGAUAAGGUUGUAGUGACGAUAUGGUAUCGCGCACCUGAAUUACUACUCGGCAGCCGUCACUACACCCCGGCUGUUGACCUCUGGGCAGUGGGGUGCAUAUUCGCCGAGUUACUCUCUCUUCGCCCAAUAUUUAAGGGAGAAGAGGCAAAGAUGGAUAGCAAAAAAAACGUUCCUUUCCAACGAAACCAAAUGCUCAAAAUAAUGGAAAUUCUUGGAAUGCCUCUGAAGCAAAAUUGGCCUGGUUUAACUGCGAUGCCCGAAUACGGCCAGCUUCAAGCAUUUGCAUUAGGCCCGGGAACAAGCCAUAUACACAAGCCAUCAAGCCUAGAACCGUGGUAUAAUGCCUGUCUGAAGAAUGGUUCAUAUUCCGCUUCAUCAGUUGCAGGGACCCCCGGGAAAGAAGGUUUUGAUCUUCUCUCCCGACUUUUAGAGUAUAACCCAAUGAAAAGGAUUACCGCAAAGGAGGCUUUAGAGCACCCAUACUUUUCAACAGGCAGCCCAAUCACAUCAAAUUGUUUUGAAGGAUUCGAAGGAAAAUACCCGAAUCGAAGGGUCAGUCAGGAUGACAACGAUAUCCGCACCAGUAGCUUGCCUGGCACAAAGCGGAGUGGCUUACCAGACGAUUCCCUAACAUCUAGGGCAGCAAAGCGUGUACGAGAAAUGUGA